CUUUUGCAUGAAACAGAAGAUAGUGCUUGCAUUGUUUAUUUGGCAGUGCUGUACUUCAAGCUGCAUAUAUGGCCAUCAYAACGACAAUGGCGGCGAGURCAACACUGCUCCUUGUCAAAAUGGUGGAAGUUGCAUCGAUCUUGUCAACGGUUACAAAUGCUUGUGCGAAGAUAAUUGGACUGGAUCAAAUUGUGAAACAAUCGAACCAAUAAUGAUAUYAAAUUGUCCUCGAUCGCUGUUUGGUGUGGCUUAUGCUAAUCAGACAGCGUCAAUCAUGUGGACUCCUCCAACCGCCACUGAUGGCUGGAAUGCAAUAACAAACGUCAAGAUUACACCAUCAGAGAUUAUUAAACCGCCACAUAAGUUUCCUCUUGGCCAGCACCUGGUCCGGUACACCUUUUCUAGCGAUUCACACGUCAAAAGAUGCUCUUUCCAUGUGGUUGUCAUGGAAAAAGUUCAAAUUAUCCAAAAUCCUCCAAAGCAAGUAUUCAUUCGUCCAGGGAAGAUGUUUCACUUUCACUGUCAAGCUACGUCAUCUCGUCCUAUUCGCUACUUGUGGACUAAAAACGAUAACGAACUAAAGAGUUCAGAUCGAAUUCAAUGGUCUUUAGAUAUCCCUGGUCUUGUGAUUAAAGACAUCGUGGAAGAAGACAGUGGAAAGUACACGUGUGAUGCUUUUGCAAGCGGAAAAGAAAGUCCAGUAGAAGCUUCUAUAGUCAGCACUUUGUUUCGAGUUAACAGCGAUAUUAACUGGUCUUCUUGGGAUGACUGGGGCCCAUGUGAUUGUAAAAAAAGAAAACGAACAAGAUUUAGGACUUGUGUGACACCAAAAGGUGACAAAGCCAUAGGCUGCGACGGUCGAAGAAAGAUGGUUGAAAAUUGCGCACGUGCCUGCAAAGUUGGCUCUUCAAGUGUUUCGUCAAAGCGUCACAAGAAUCUCUCUAAAGCAAUCAAAGUAGCGUUUCAACGCAAGGUGGAACAAGAGCCUGCUGAAAAAAGAACUGUCAACAAGUUUUUAGACACUUUUUACGGAAAGCUGGCUUUGUGGAGCUCAGUUGCUAUUAUUGGCGUUGCUUUUUGCUGUGCGGGUUUUCUUGCAUUAGGUUUCGUCCACGAAAAAAAGGCGAAGACAAAAGACAAAAAUAAAAGAGAAAAGCUUGCAGAUCUGGAAAAGUCCAAUUUAUAUGAAACAUCCAGUCAAAGUGAUGCGGAAGCUAUCUAUGAUGUCGAAGAAGAAAUUGACCGAAAAGCUUAUGAAAAGAGACGAGUUAUACACGAACUAACCCCAAAGAAACGCGAUCGUAAAGAGAUGGGUGAUGACUUACAGCUUGCACGAUCAGUUAUUCUAGAAGAAGGGAUCGAUAAAGAACACGAAAACGCUGUAGCUGCAAAGAGGAAAGAAAUCAUUAGGAGAACAUCUACCGAUGCUUGCAAGGGAUCUUUGUUGGAGAGUAUUAAUCGUAGCAGGGCGGUUAUCAUGGCCAAAUCGGGUGACAAYACUGAGAUGAACGAUAAAAGUCMUAAAAUGGACGACACUGAGGACGACACUGAAAACCUCGUUAUGGUGCAAGCUGUCGUUACCCAUGAUGUCAAGGAGGCUCACAUUAAACAGGUUGACGACUGGGUUCCGUCACAUGAUAACUGAUUUAUCUUGAUUGUGGCUAUGGAUGUAAGAUUCAGUCUAACGAGGCCGUCCUCAUCUACUUUACAAAGACAAACGGCACAUUAUGGAAGAAUAUGGAAAAAUACAACAAUAAACCAACUUGACUUCCACAAACACCGUGAACUAACGUACUGAUAUGUGAUAUGGAAUUAUAGUCUGGAAUAA